ACAUCCGGUGUUAGAAGCGCUGGUAGGCCUUGGAGAGGCGGGUUAGGAAGACUCAGGGCCCCUUGGCCUAGCUUCGAUCUUUCGAAUUCAGAGCACGUCCUUCCGGGGUGAAGGAAAGCGAAACUCCACCCAUCCGAUUGCUGUUCGGCUGCGGGCGGGUCCUCUGGUCGGGCUUACCCUGGGUGAGCGGCCCGGAGCCAAGACUCGAGGUAGGGCCUGGCGGGCGGGUGAUGUCACAACCUCUGUGACACGCGAGGCUCCUCAGUUACUCCUUAGCCGACGGCAGAGGCGGGAAGUGAGAGGAGGCUGGGGCUGGGGCUGCCUUCCAGGCCCACGGGGCGGCCCCGCUCUGUUCGGAUUGGUUACCUUUGGGCAGAGUGGAGACUGUUGCACGGACUCUGGAACCAUGAACAUAUUUGAUCGAAAGAUCAACUUUGAUGUGCUUUUUAAAUUUUCUCAUAUAACCCCGUCAACGCAGCAGCACCUGAAGAAGGUCUAUGCAAGUUUUGCCCUUUGUAUGUUUGUGGCAGCUGCAGGGGCCUAUGUCCAUGUGGUCACUCAUUUCAUUCAGGCUGGCCUGCUGUCUGCCUUGGGCUCCCUGAUAUUGAUGAUUUGGCUGAUGGCAACACCUCAUAGCCAUGAAACUGAACAGAAAAGACUGGGACUUCUUGCUGGAUUUGCUUUCCUUACAGGAGUUGGCCUGGGCCCUGCCCUGGAGUUUUGUAUUGCCGUCAACCCCAGCAUCCUUCCCACUGCUUUCAUGGGCACAGCAAUGAUCUUUACCUGCUUCACCCUCAGUGCACUCUAUGCCAGGCGCCGUAGCUACCUCUUUCUGGGAGGUAUCUUGAUGUCAGCCCUGAGCCUGUUGCUUUUGUCUUCCCUGGGGAAUGUUUUCUUUGGAUCCAUUUGGCUUUUCCAGGCAAACCUGUAUGUGGGACUGGUGGUCAUGUGUGGCUUUGUCCUUUUUGAUACUCAACUCAUUAUUGAAAAGGCCGAACAUGGAGAUCAAGAUUAUAUCUGGCACUGCAUUGAUCUCUUCUUAGAUUUCAUUACUCUCUUCAGAAAACUCAUGAUGAUCCUGGCCAUGAAUGAAAAGGAUAAGAAGAAAGAGAAGAAAUGAAGUGACCAUCCAGCCUUUCCCAAUUUGACUUCCUCUCCUUCCACCCCUCAUUUCCUUUUUGCAUACAUUACAGGUGGUGUGUUCUGUGAUAAUGAAAAGCAUCAGAAAAGCUUUUGUACUUUGUGGUUUCCUCUAUUUUGAAUUUUUUGAUCAAAAAACUGAUUAGCAGAAUAUAGUUUGGAGUUUGGCUUCAUCUUCCUGGGGUUCCCCUGACUCCCUUUUUUGUCAACCCCAUCCGUAGCCUCUUCCUCAGGCAGUCGACCCGCCACGAUGAGGAGUGGCACCAGCAGAGGGCGCCAACCAGGAGUCUACUUUCCCACCAGGCUUCACCCAGUGGACCUGAACUGUUUGGUAGAGCCACCCGGCCCUUCCUUCCUCAUGGUUGUUUGGUAUGCGCACAGUUCCUAUGGGACUGGGCCAUGAGUUUUCCAUUGGAAAGAAGUUCAGUGGUCCCACUGUUAACUCAGCCUCAUAUCCGAACCGUCAGGCCCUGCAAAGAAAAUGGAGAGCCUCUCCUGGUGGAUGCUUUGCUUCCUCUGAGCUGCUCACGCUGGUCUGGCAAACACACCUUUCUGCUUUGCCUUCACAAAAGUAAUGUGUUCCCUUUCCCACCCUUUGACCCUCAGGGAGUCAGCCUGCUUCCAUCCAUGGGUGGGAAGACUUCAGCACAAAGGAAAAACUAAUUUUGUCAGGCAUUUUUAAAAAGGCUGAUUAUGUGUAUCAAGGUACAGCAUCGUAGGGUUCUCCCAAACUUGCCCUGUUUUUGUUUUUUUGGUUGGUUAUCCCGUUACUGACUGGCCUCUACUAGGUGGCUGUGAUUAAAUGUCCCAAGCAGGGAUAGGGAAGGGGAAUGGUUGAGCCUCUGGAGCUCAUUGUAACCAAUCCUGCCAGACCUGUUUGGGGCAGCAGGGAGCAAAAUCUCCUUUAACAACCAAGCAGUUCCUCAUUCACACCAACAGAACGGGGCUGUGAUAACUUAGGAGGCAGCAAUCCUAAUAGUCCGUCAGUGCAUUUUAGUCUGUCCCCAACUGGACACCAAUAGGUAGUGUCAAGCCAGAGAUUCGGGGCAGUAGAUAAAUGUUCAUUUUACAGAUGCACUUUAGUUUUUGGUCUGUUACCUGUUUUCCAGAAAUUUGUGGCCUUUUAGGCGGGAGUUAGGCGACCAAACCUGUGAGAGCCCCAAUCCCUGCAGUUUUGUGGUUUCAAGUGUGGGUGGACAGUCCUAAUGGGGAUCUCCAGCUCCUUCCCUGUGGUCUGCCACAGACAGCUGCCCCCAGAAGGGUCAAUGUUGGGAGUGGUUGUGGCUCUGAGCUGCUCUACAGAGCCUCAGUGUGAGAGGAUCGAGCCAUUGAAAGCUCAUUACCAGUAGGACAUAAUUUUUGGCUCUCCCUAUUCACAACCAGUGCACAGUUUGACACAGUGGCCUCAGGUUCACAGUGCACCAUGUCACUGUGCUAUCCCAUGCAUUUGUUUCCAAGUUGUGUUUAUUCCUGGAGUGACGUGCCACCCGGAAUGGCUCACUUUCACUGAGGAUGCUGUCCUCUGAUUUAGCUGCUGCCUCCAGCCUCUGGGCUUGAGAACUUACUAAAGGGACUUACUUCCUGUUAAACCCCUGUUAACUCUCCAUAAAUUUGGUGAUUCUCUGCCAGGCCUAAGAUUUCGAGUUAUAUCUCUUGAAGCCAAACUCCACCUUCUGUGCUUUUUGCUUGGGAUAAUGGAGUUUUUCUUUAGAAACAGUGCCAAGAAUGACAAGAUAUUAAAAAAAAAAAAAAAAAAAAAAAGCAAAAAAAAAAAAAACCUACUUUUAAAGAAAAUGCCUAACAGAUUUUUAAUAUAGUUAUCUCUACCACUUUCUUUUCUAGUUCCUUGAUUUUCAGCUCAGGCUGCAUUCUAACUCAUACUGUGAAGACAAAGGUGUUUUUGAUUCAGAAAUAUAUGAAAUCUACAUAGUCUUAAUUUGUAAAAAAUAAAUAAAAUUCCUUAACCUUU